AUGGGGAGCAAACUGUCCACCAAACGCAAGAGGAGACAUCAGAGUGAGUCUGAAAGGCGCAGAGUGUCGGCUCAUGGAGAGGGCUUCAAAGGACUGAGGGGCAGAUUCGUGGAUGAAGAAGAUGAGUGCAGCUCUGAGGAAGAAAGCAGCAGCUCGAGAACCGUACAGGAGAAAUGUUACGAUCCUCUAGACCCCACGUUUACAUUUGUAGACGAAGAGGAUGAUUUAGAUUUUCUGUGUAAUGAGUACCUGGGUCCCCGAGCAAAGAUGUCCUGUGGUCAUGCUGUCACUCCGAUGUCUCUCACCGACUGGUGUUGCUGGUUGUUGGACCAGGGUGAGUGCAGAUUUGUGUGUGGACAGACUGACUGUGAUGUUGAGUGGCCCUUUGAGGAGGUUUGUAAAAUGGCUCUUCUAAGCCCUGAAGAACUGGAGUACUUUGAGAAGAAAAUAUUCAAUAAUGCUGCCAAGGAUUACUUGGACGUCAAAGAAUGUCCUGGUUGCAAGUCUCGUGUGGUGAGAACUGAUCUCAGUGAUCUGAGUGUCAAAUGCUCAGUGUGCACAGCUAACAGGAGAAGGUCUUAUAUAUUCUGCUGGCAGUGUUUGAAGAAAUGGAAAGGUCCGGCUCCACGUUCAGACCGCUGUGGAAACGAUGACUGUCAAAACCCACUGGAAAUACUGAAGACCUGUCCUGAUAUUGUCUUUGAAGAUGUGGAGGGUGUCACUGGCUGUCCCUCCAUCCGUGCCUGUCCCACCUGUGGUUUGCUGCUUGAGCAUAACAAGACUCAAUGUAAAAACAUUGUCUGUCGCCGGUGUAAGGUGGAGUUCUGUUUUGUGUGCCUGAAGACCACUGAAGAGUGUCAGGAGCUCACUGAUGAGUACGAGGAACUCACUGAAGAGAGUGAGGAGUUCACUGAUGAGUGCGAGGAACUCACUGAUGAGAGUGAUGAGGAAGAUGUAUCCUCAUAUUAUGGACUUUGCUCCACUGGUGUAGCACCUAGACAGACCUCGAUACCUGUGUGGCAGAGGACAUAAUUCUGUUGAUUUAAAACUGUGAAAUACAAAUACUAAUCAUUAACCACAAUUGUUAUCAGUCAGACAGGAACUCAGGCCCACACCAGCUUUCAAUAACAGUUAAAAGCAUAUAAGUUGUUUUUUUUUGUAUUUCAGACAAUGUUACGUCACAUCAGAGAAUCAUUUACACAGACAGUUUUUACUUCAAACUCAAAAUUGUAAUAUGUAUUUAUUGUAAUGUUUGAAACUGUUUAUACUGUUUUUGUAAGAAUCAUUUUGCUGGAUUUUACUUUAAAUUCUUUAAUAUUA